UACACUGUAUAUAAAGAGAGAGACGAGUGCGCAGGGACCAUCCAACAGGCGCAACUGCUGACAGCGCCUCCUUCAGAGGGAUCGUGAAGUGAAGUGUGUCUACUCUGUUGAACUUUGCUUGAACCCUCGCACCACAAUGACCUCUGAAGAGAUGUACUUGGACUAUCGUGGAUACAUACUUCCCACGAAGCCUCAUAGCGCAGAGAGCUUGGAGUUCGCGGAGACAUUCAGGUUUAAAGACGAUGACGUCGUGGCUGUCACGUACCCGAAGUCAGGUACAGUCUGGAUGCAGGAGAUCCUGCCACUGGUGCUUAAUGGGGGAGACCUGAAGCCAAUCCAAACCAUUCCGAACUGGGACAGGGUGCCUUGGCUGGAGGAGAAAAGAUUGUCCAUUAUUGUGGAUCAAUUGACAUCUCCGCGAGCACUAGUCACUCAUUUUCCUUAUCACCUCAUGCCUGCAUCCUUUCACACCUCCAAAGCCAAGGUGAUCUAUGUUGUCAGGAACCCAAAGGAUGUCCUGGUGUCUUCCUACUACUUCCACCAGAUGGCAGGAUUCCUCGAGGAUCCAGGAACUUUUGAUGAGUUCAUAGAGAAAUUCCUGGAUGGCAGAGUGAUGUUUGGAAAAUGGACGGACCAUGUGAAGAGCUGGAGACACACAGAGCUGGGAGACAGAAUCAUGUACAUCUCAUAUGAAGAAAUGGUUCAGGACCUGCCUGCGUCUCUCAGGCGUUUAUCUGGUUUCCUGGGCACUGACCUGAGUGAAGACACCAUUCAGAAGGUCACAGAGCAUUGCACCUUCAAGACCAUGAAGACCAACAACAUGUCCAACUUCAGCCUGGUCCCAAAGCAAUACAUGGACUCUGACAAAUCUCCAUUCUUCAGGAAAGGUAUUGCUGGAGACUGGAAAGAACAUUUCAGCUCAGAGCAGCUGGCCCGGUUCACAUCAGUCAUUUGCAAAGAGAUGGAGGGUGAGAGCUUCUCUCUGCCGUGGAGUCUGGACUGAGCCACAGCCAGAGGAGAGACGCAGAGGGAGAAAGAGCCAUGUACAGUACAUAUUUGUCAGAGUAGGAAACUGGUGCUAAUUGGGCCAAAUGUUUUCAAAGUUAGGCAGACAAGUAAAAAGCUCUUUACUGAUGUUUCUACUCUGGUCAUCAUCCAGCUUCUCAAACAGGAUUUAGAAUGUGAAUUUAUGUUAAACCGCCAACAAGGGAAUGCUGCUUCAACAGUGAUCAUUUGGAUUCUCCCAUCUGUAAAUAAGCUUGUUAAUGAGCUAUUUCGUUAUGUUCCUCCUUCUUAAUGUGGUUAAAACUAACAACACAACUAUUUUUGACUCCUUGCUAGUUUGCAAAAUGUGACAAUGUAAUGUUAUGCUUCUAUAAGGCACCUGAAGCUCAGCCUGUAGAAACUUUGAAUACACUUUCAUUAAAUUAUUAUGGCUGACA